UCCGUAUCGUUGGAUUCAGUCCCCCAAGACGCUUACUCUAGCUCAAAAACACUAGCUUAUAGAAUAUUUUAAUAUCUUAUUCUUACAACGUGUGGAAUAGCAGAAAGAAGUUGUGUAACGUAGAAAUAUAGACACAAACUGUAUUGUGUGAGGUAGAAACAGAACUGUAUAGAGGAAAGACAAAAUAUAUUCAAGCAUCAUGGAACUGAUUUGGGAUUUAAACAGACGGAUUUUACCAUUUGUUUUAAUGUUUCUCUAUAUUGUAAUGAAAACUGGGAGUGAAAAAGCACCAAGGCCUGCGACAGCGUAUCAUGACAUACAGAUGCAAACGAUUUUCAAUAUCAAAGGCUGGUCGGCAGAACUAAGCAAAAAGCUUGUAGGCUUCAGUAAAUCUGUAACUUCCUUCACAGAUAUAUCAGAGGAUUACGGAAGAUAUUUCUCCAGUAAAGCUGUAUCAGGAGACAUACUGAUUCAAACAAUUGCAAACGACAUAAAUGACUUGCUCAAAGAAAAGCUCGAUGCAGUUCUGGCACUUGCCACAGAGGCGGAGAGAAUCUAUAAGGACUACCAAUAUGAUCCAGACAUAGAUAUACAUUUCCUUAAUAGCAAGAAGCUGUACAGCUCAGACAAACAAAUGCAACAAUCACGAUUGAUGGAACUUACACCAGAUGACAACUACAACCACGAACUUGUGAAUCACGAAAACAGUACCGUGCAUGUACCUGCACAUAUUAACGACAGGCGUGAGUAUUCGCACAGCCAUAUUCCUUCGAGUAACAAGAACAGUGUUCCGAAAUUUCUGAACGGUGCGUAUUGGACACAGAGACUGAACGACCAGUUCAAGGCGAAUGAAAUGAAGGAUAAUUCCUUACGUUGGCAAUACUUUUGUGGAACGGACGGUUUAUUCAGGAUUUUUCCUGGAAUAAAAUGGCCUACAGACCAGAACGGGACAGAUAGUUUCGAUUGUCGGCUUCGACCCUGGUACCAAUUAGCAGCAACUUUGCCAAAGAAUGUGUUGAUCUUGAUGGAUAGCAGUAAGAGCAUGGAGGGCUCAGGAAUGACUAUAGCCCGUGGCACAGUCAAAGCGAUACUUAAUACACUAGGUGAUGACGAUCUUGUCAACAUUCUCAGGUUUUCGGAUAAAGUGGAAUACAUAGAUGACUGCUUCAUAGACACAUUGAUGCCUGCUACAACUCAGAAUAAGCGCCAUCUGCAAGACGCUGUCGAACAGAACGUUAAGGCCAGUAAUACGGCAGAUUUUAAGGGCGCUUUUGACAAGGCAUACAACAUUUUGAACACUUUGGAGAAGCAACGCAGAGGAAGACUAUGUAACACGGCUAUACUGUUGAUAACAAACAGUGAACCAGAAAAUUAUGUGUCCGUGUUUGAAUAUUUCACCAACAGUUUCAAGAAUAUAACGACCAAAGUGUUCACGUUUGUGGUCGGUAAGGGCGUUGAUGACAGCAGAGAAAUAAGGCGGAUGGCUUGUGCAAAUGAAGGUUACUAUUCACGUGUAUCAGCUCUUGCCGAUGUGCAAGACAAUGUGCAGAACUAUAUUAAAGUGAUGAGUAGACAAAUGGUUAAAGAUCGCUACCGAAACAAAAUAUGGACGCCCAUUUACCUUGACUACAUGUCGUACCAGGACAAAAUAGAUCUAAACAAGGGUUUGCAGUUUAUGAUAUCCGUUGCCGUUCCUGUGUUUGACAAGAGAAAUGACACGUUUUCAGAAGGGAAUCUACUUGGUGUAAUGGGAACAGAUAUGCCAAUUAAAAUGAUCAAAGAAAUGAUGCCAGUAAAUAAGCUUGGUGCAAAUGGAUACGCCUUCAUGAUAAAUCACAAUGGUUAUGUUUUGAUGCACCCAAACUACAGGCCUUAUAGAAAGAUUACUUCGACGAAAUACUGGUAUGAUUUCGAUGGCGAGGAUUUGGUCUUACAUCCUGACUACCAGAAUGUCGAAUUUACAGAGGUUGUCGAACCAGCGCAAAGAUUUCACUUUAAACAGUUUAUAUCAACACUACUGUCAGAGAAAACUAACUUUGGGAGCGAAGAAGUUCAGUUUAUUGGCCACUACGAGAACAUGGAACGGAUGUUCAAAAGGAAAUAUAACAUUUACAGUCGAAAAUUGCAAGGUUCAGAUUUCAGCAUUGGAAUAGCCUUGCCUGCUACCAGUAUGAGCGAACCGAUAAACGCCACACCAGUGCCAUCGAAGAUAGAGCAUUCUUUGAAUGUACCAGACAUUGAACUUGCUCCAUGGUUUUAUUGUGAAGAUCUAGAUUCGGCUCUGACUGGAAGAAACAGAAUAGAUGAAUUGAAAAGACUUGUUAGCGAAGACAUAACAAAAUGUAAUCUGCAGUUACUAGGAAAUUUAGUGCACGAUAUAGACAUUAGACGACUCUGGGAGAGAAGUAAUAUGAACAGUCAAGGUAUUGAGCUUUUAUUCAUCGGAACCAGUUCCGGACUUAGCAUGUACACAUCAGCAAACGACUCCGUUCCGGAGUUCGUCUUAGACAACGCCGAUACGUUGAAUGCACUUUACUACAGACGAGCUGUUGAAGGCGUAGAAAGAGUUGAUGGUCAAUCUGCUUACAGCUUCACCUACUCUAUUCCUCUCGGUGAAGAAAUUAACCCAGAGUCAACUCUAGUGACAGCUAGUGCUCCUAUAAUAAAGGCAAAUACAGAGAGGCCUGAUGAACCUACUGUUUAUGCCGUCGUUGGAUUUCAGAUGAAGUUUGACACAUUAAAAAGUUUAAUGAAUACAGCAACAAGCAAGGCUCCGACGUUUGACGGACAUAGCAGUGCUUGUGAUGGACAGUCUAUUAGUUGCUAUCUGGUAGAUAAUCACGGUUACUUAAUCAUGUCAGAUGGAUACUUCAAAAGCGAAGGAUAUUUUUUUGGGAUAGAGGAGAAUGCUGUUAUGGCAGCUCUAGUCCGUAAUGGCAUCUUUAAAGGCUACAACUUUACAGAUUAUCAAGCACUCUGUGAACGUGAAAUACAAGCAUCAGAAAAAGAAAUGAAUAGUGGCGUACCAUUACUUAAUCCUAUAAAAACCAUACUUAAUGGUUUGUUUUGGUUAGUCACAGAGAUAUUUCUGUGUGUUUCGAAGUUCAGUAUGAAAUCUGUAUGGACGAGUUGGAAUUUAGUUCAUUCAAUCCAGACUGAACAUGAACUAUGUAAGCAAAUUCUUGACGAAUACGAUUAUGAAGAUCUCGAAGGACCUGCAGAGCGUUUGGCAUAUAAUCAUGUGCUGCAUUUAUGCUCCUCUGAAAAGAAGAUCGUGGAACACCGUCCUUGUCACAGAUCGUUUACGUUGUAUAAAGCGAACUUCAGUAGGUCUGUGCGUGGCUCGGUUAAAGGUUGUAAAAGAGAUUAUUCAGGAUGUAAAGUAACAGGAUGUACCGGUGCCAUUAUAGAGUGCAAUAUAUUCUAUUCUGCGUCAUGGGUGGAGGACACAAAUUUACUAAUGGUUGUAGUUUCCCGUGGAGAGUGUGGUUUUUGUGAAGAUGUCCCUUUCCACGAUUUUGGUCAUGAUCAUACGGAAAUUAUUGAGUCUGAUAAGACAAAGUGUGACAGAAGAAAACGAAGGAAACACGUAGUCAAGAAGUUUCCGUGCUCCGACUUUAAAAGCAAUGAGACACUUCCCUGUGGAACAGCACAUACCAAAUUGCCGUUAUCCUUACUAUGGUUAUUUGUUUCAUUCAGCUUGGUACGAUGUUUGAAAUUUUGAUGAGUAGAUAGGACGUAUUGCUUGGAAGUCACUAUUAUAUUACAUUUGUGCGUUGGUUUGAUUCGAGCCCAGUUCCAUAGAGUUUAAGCGGUGACGUUUUUGUAUUAUUUUUUUUUGCAAGCACAUGGAACAUGUCAGUAAGUAUGUUCAAGAAACCUGACAUACGCCUCCAACCCCUUGUUACCGCAGAAAACAGCACAUUGUUUAUUCGAGUUGGACGAGAUCUGUGAAAAUGUAAAUGUACGCUGUACAGAAGCGUGUUUUAUUUUGUUUAGAACAUCAUUAUUUCAUACCAAUUGUGUAAAAUGUAUACAACUUGUACUUUGGUAAACUUUUUGUAAAAAUUUAUUUAAUAAUAAAAAAUAUUGUGUCUUCAAUGCAUGGAAAAAUGUCUGUAGAUAAAUACACUACAUUACAUAUAUGUUACUUGAUCCAUGUCGUCUGAUGCUCCAGUUUGUUGUAGGACUGAGCUCUGGAGUGAGAAAGGUUAAACUGUGUGUGUGUGU